UAGUAAGAGGAGAUUGGUUUACGGUAGUAAUACGUGGGGUUUUGUUGCGAUUAGGAAACAAAGAACCAGAAUUUAUGCAGGAUAAUAUGAGAUUGGGUAGAUUUGCUGGUAGGUUAGGGAGGAGGGUUCAUAAUGAAGAAUUUGUUAGAUCUAACAAGAAGAGGAAAUUGCAGAAAAAGAAUGCUAUACAUAGGAUUCCAGUAGGAAAAGAUUGCAGCAAACACAGUGGACCGCCAAAGAACCAGCACUUUAAGAAAAAUUUGAGUAGCGGUAUUUCCGGGUGCAAGGAGAAAGAAGGGUUUCAGCAGCUGCAAACAAGAAUAGCAGAUAAGAAAGAGAGAGAACAGAGUCCUAUGGAGCUUGCCAUUUCUUUUAAAUCAAAUGCAUUGGUAGCCAAGGCUAUAUUAGCGCCUUCUGGUCCAGCUGUCAGGUCGGUUAUUGAUUCAUCGAAUGUGAAUAAUAAAACUGUGUAUAAUAUGUCCGAUUCACCAUCAGCCAAAUCCAGCAACGGUGUUGUUAAAACACACUGCUUGACACAUGGUUUGGAUCUCCGAUCCGAGUCACAUAGAACUUCAAUAGAGGUUCUGGAUGAAGCUUCAGUUUCUGGGAGUGGGUUUGUGGGUGUUGAUGGUGCUAUUUCGUUUGGUGAAAAUGCUAUUAAGAAUGAACCUCCGAGAUGCAUGAAUUUACAGAGCUCCACUGUUGUCGGAUCCAGCAAAAAAAAGGCAAAGAGGUUAAGAAAAAAGAAGGCAGCUCGAAAGAAGCUAUUGCAUAAAUUAAGCAUGCAGAAGGAAAAAGAGAGUGGCAAUAUGGUUAACGCUAACAAUACUUUUAAUAGUCCGGCUGCUGCUCCAGAACUCAACUCGGAUACUACAUUGUCAAAGGGGAAUCUCUGUUCUGCGAUUGUUGGUGUAGUACCUGAUACUAUUUUAUUUCCUUCAUUAGUGGGUAAAGUUUACGAGGAAGGUGAAAUUGAAAGUGAUUCUGACAAAUCAUUUCCUCCUAAUUUGAAGAGGAAAAGGCAUAGUUUGACCACAUUAACAGCUUCUUCACAUGCGGCUAAUAAUGUAAUUAACGGGUGUUCUGGUCAGGUGGAGAACUCAGUCACUACUACUGGUGAAGGUGAUAAUGUGUGCCAAUUGGAAAAUGAUGGGGUUGGAGGUCAUGCACAUGAAACUCUUUUAGUUAAUGAGAGUACCGGUCAUGGAGAUAGUUUGUACUUCAAUCAGCACGAGAAAAAUGUCAACAAAUUUGUAGAGAAUGGGGCUUCUGUAUUGCGUACUGAGAAGAGAGCCAUUUGGUCUAUCGAUCAAUAUACCAGAUUAGGCACUGAUGAAUAUUUAUCGGAAUUCCAUGAAUCGGAUUCAUCUUUAGAGUCAGACAGUAGAUUGCUACAAAGGCCCAAGUGUGUUAUCAGUUCCGAUGUGGGAUCUGCAUAUGCUAAUUCAGAGGAGUUGCACCCAAACCAGGUUAAUACACCCCAAAUUCCGGUACAUGCAGUGGAAGUAAGAAGUUCGGAUGGUGUUGUUAGAGAUUGUUCAAAUGUUAAUAUAGGAAUUACCACCAGGUCUGAUGUUCCUUCAGCAGAUUGUAAAAGGAUCUCAGCUCAAGUUGAGGUUUCUUUUCCAGAUGCUUUGGGGGAGAAGUCUUCUACUGAUGUUGACUCUGUUGAAGGAUCUCCAACGGCAAUAAGUAAUGUAGAAACUUGCUCUCAUAUGGAUUAUUCAUCCAAGAUUAUCAGGAAGAGGAAAGCUAGAAGUGCUCCAGAGGGUGUUUAUAGUUUAAGUACUAAUGUGCUAGUUGGUACCGGUAGAUCCAUUGGUGGUGAAGUUGCAAGUCUUUUAUCUAACAAUCAUAUUCCUGAUGUGGAGGUCGACCUUCUUGUUGAGAAUGACACCUGUAAUGAGGAUGAUUUCUUUAACAAAGAGCUCUCUGAAGUUGAAGAUACAACUCUGGAGGUAGAUUCUGGGGCUAAUGGCUUAUGCUUCAACUAUAGGAAGAAGAAGAAAGGAUCCUGCCCAAGAUCAAAUCUCAUAUCCCCUUUAAAAGACGAUCCGGUUGCAGGUGGGGUUACCAGUGAUUGUUCAGGACUUGUUCUAAGGUCAAUCAAACUCGCAGAAUGGGGAGCUGAACGAAGAGAAGAUUCUCCAUCAGGAUCAACAUCUACCACCGAAUGUGCUAUCAGUGAUAUGGAAGAUAAAGUUGUCUGUGAGAACUUUUAUGUUGCAGAUCUCGAUAAGAAUCUGUCUGAUGUCAACAAACUGUAUACCGCUGGUGAUCAGGCUGUUAUUGCAAAUAGUCUAUCUUCAUGUGGUGAUAGAACUGGUGUAGCUGCUUCUAAUUCUCACGAAGAUCUGUUAGCAUCUGGCUUCGAUAUGGGAUCCUGCAUGAGUUCUCCAGAAGAGCUGCUGUCUUAUUCAGACUUGAGUUUUUCAAGAAACGUAGCCUGCCAAACAAAAAAUGAGGAAUUCAUGAAAAAAGCAGCUGCAGACAAUUCACAAACUAAUGGUAAGCUUUCACCAUCUCUACUCGAGGGUAGUAGUAAAAUGGUGAAGAAAUCGAAUUUUGUACAUGGGAAACUAACUAUGAGUAAGAACCAGCCGACUGUUUCUAAAGCUUCUCCUGGUCAUCAGCCUUCAAAUUUGAGCAAUUCAAGGAAAUUCCAAUAUACUCAUGUGACAAAAUCAAGGACGUGGUGUCGACCUGGUAACUCUGUCACAGUUACAGAACCAAAAUCACAACCUUCUCUCCUUCCUCCAAGUCAUGAAACAAAGUUAGCCAGAAAUAUGCAGAGUUCAUAUAUAAGGAAGGGUAAUAGCCUAGUGAGGAAUCCUUCCUCGACUGGUGCAACUCCAACUGGUUAUCAUGGUUCUGGUUGCUCAGUUUACAGGCUAACUACUUGUACAGAUAAUUUGAAGAAUAGCCAAGCAUCUGAUAGCGAAAUUGAUGAUGUUAAUGCUUCAACCCUACUGAGGAUAAAGGAGGUGCAUACUUCUGCAUUUCCUAAAGAACCACCUCUAAAUCAUACUUGCAACUCGGGGGAUUCAUUAUCAGUCGGAGAUACUCCCAGAAACAGUGGUUUGGAUGAAACUAUAAAGUCUUCUGCAGUUCCUGAAUGUCGAACUGAUCCAGUCAGUAACCCAGAUGGCCAGAGUAAACUUGCAGGGAAUUUGGAGAAGAAGAUAUUAUAUGUCAAGAGGAGAUCUAAUCAAUUGAUUGCAGCUUCUAGUUCUAUUGAUACGUCUAUACCAGGGGCAGAUAAAACUCAAGCAUCAUUAUCCGAUGGCUACUACAAGAGCAAGAAAAAUCAGCUUGUAAGAGCAUCAUCAGAAAAUCAUGUAAAAAAAGAGGAUGCAAAUGUAAACCUGCUUAGGCUUGCACCUCACACAAAUCUUCCUAGAACUUCUAAGAGACCGGUCUCUGGUUUUGCCAAGAGUUGCAGACAUUCAAAGUUUUCAUCUGUGUGGAAACUACAUGAUAAACAGUCCUCAGAGAAACAUAAAAAUUCUGUGGUACCUCGGAAAGUCUGGCCGCAUUUGUUUCCAUGGAAAAGAGCUACAUAUUUGAGAAAUUUUAUGCAUGCUUUAGGUGCAAAACCAAACAGCAGUUCCCUUUCCACCACCAGCCAAAAAUUGCUUCUCUCAAGAAAGAGAGGUGCCAUUUACACAAGAUCAACUCAUGGGUAUUCUCUUAGGAUGUCCAAAGUUUUGAGUGUUGGUGCCUCUAGUUUAAAGUGGUCAAAAUCAAUAGAGAGGAACUCAAAGAUGGCCAAUGAGGAAGCUACACGAGCUGUUGCGGCAGCCGAGAAGAAGAAAAAGGAAGAGACGGGUGCUGUUCCCAUUGCUACAAGGAGCAGAAAUCAUGUUUCUCGAGAACGGAUAUUUCGUAUUGGUUCAGAGCGAUACAAAAUGGAUGCAACAAGGAGGACUCUUCACAGAAUUACAGCUGAGAAAGAAUCACCAUCUUCUGCUGUUCUCCAAUCUGAGAAGAAAGUUAAGAGAUCUUAUGUUCCCAGGAGAUUAUUAAUUUGCAACGAAGAAUAUGUUCGAAUUGGAAAUGGUAAUCAGCUGGUUAGAGAUCCGAAAAAACGAACUCGUGUCCUGGCUAGCGAGAAGGUUCGGUGGAGUUUGCGUACUGCAAGGUUACGAUUGGCUAGAAAGAAAAAAUAUUGCCAGUUUUUUACUAGGUAUGGAAAAUGCAACAAGGACGAUGGGAAGUGCCUGUACAUCCAUGACCCUUCAAAAAUAGCAGUCUGCACUAAAUUCCUGAGUGGUUCAUGCUCCAAUCUUGACUGCAAGUUGACUCACAAGGUUAUCCCUGAGAGGAUGCAAGAUUGUUCGUACUUUCUGAAAGGGUCUUGCUCUAACGAAAAUUGUCCUUAUAGACAUGUAAAUGUGAAACCUGAUUGGCCUGUUUGUAGAAAUUUUCUCAGAGGCUACUGUGCCGAUGGCAAUGAGUGUCGGAAGAAGCACACCUAUAUCUGCUCUGAUUUCGAAUCAACCGGAAUUUGUCCUCGAGCAUCUACUUGCAAGCUUCACCAUCCAAAACAGAAGGUAGAAGCAAAACCCGAGAGUGAGCAGAAGAAGAUUGUAAGAGGCCGAUAUUUUGAUGGUGGUCUAAUAGGAGUUGCUGACUGUACAACCCCCGAGAAGCUCUCUGCAAAAGGUAAGAAUGACUUAGGUUGUCAUGAAGGAAACUUUCCCGAUUACAUUAGCUUAGUUGUGAGCGAUGACGAAGUGGACCCCACUUUGGAAUCGGAAGGAGUUCUUUCGGAUAUGGAAAUAUCAGAUGACGACGAGCUUGUUCAACCGAGCCUAGUCAUGAAUAGAGAUAGAGUAUGAACACAGCUUAUUCUAUGUGAUGUAUAAUUUUAAGUUUGACUGUAGGUAGGCAGGUCAAAGGUGUGUAGGUAAAUAGGAGUUGUGACUGCAAUUUGACCACCGUAAAUUUUGACUGUUUAGUUAUUUGUACUGUCCAAAUUUGUGGUGUAGUUAGGUUAGUGGUGUAGGUUAUGUGGAGUUGUAAAAACAAGCUGAUCAAAUGAAAAUUUUAGUUUGUUUAUCUU